AUGGUUAGCCCCAAAGACAUACCCCAUGAAAUCUUGUUUGACAUCAUUGCAAAAUUGCCUGUAAAAUCUCUGUUGAAGUUCAGAUGUGAGUGGUUCCUCUUUCUACGUUUAUGGUUCCUGCAAUGGAUUGCUAAUUUGCUUUGUAUAUCUGAUACUACUAAGGAGACUACAUAUUUAUGGAAUCCAUCAAUCAGGAAGUUCAAGAGACUUCCUAGAGGUCUUAUUCGUGUCAAGUAUCGUUACAGCGACGUCGCUACCAUAGCUCUUGGGUUUGGCCUCGAUGUUGGUGGAAAUGACUACAAAGUUGUGAGAGUUGGGGAUUUUUUGCACGGCGUCUGUGUCGAGGUUUACAGCCUUAGGUUGGACUCUUGGAGAAUAAUCCAUGCAGUUCCCCCUGUGACAGAAAUAUUUGAAGUGUUCUGGAGUAAUAAAUGGACUUACUUGAAUGGAGUUGUGUAUUGGAUUGUACAGGAGUUUUUUCCAGAUUGCAGAUACAUCAUUUCUUUUGAUAUGGAGAAUGAGAUUUUCCAAAGGAUUAUGCUUCCUGAUAGAUUGCUCGCAGUGACAGAUUCAAUUUCCAUUAGGGUGUUGGAGAAAUCACUUUCUUUGUUCCAUCGUAGACAAGAAUCAGAUCGUGAGUACCAUUACUACGACAUAUGGGUUCUGGAAAUGGAUUCCUGGAAAAUGAUUCGCACGAUUCCUGUUCCGUCAGAGGGAAAAAUUGCAUGGCCAUUGGCAUUUACAGCAAAUGGUGGUGUUCAUUUUACGACAUACGGAAAUUGGCAACACAGAAAGUUGGAGUUGUACGAUCCUAAAUCGGAGCAAGUUACGGAUACUGGAAUAAAACUUGGUAACUAUGGCGGAACCAGGAGGAGGAUCUAUGGUUACAGUGAGAGUCUAGUUUUACUCAACUGA